AUGUACAGUAAUGUGCAGUCGACUAUCCAGUAUGUGGAACAAGAGAUGGCAUUUUGUGAGCGCUCAAAUCAAGAAGCUCUGAUGGAACUUGAGUACGGCAAGAUGUCAUCAAACAGAACGAAGCGUGGUACUUAUGGUGGAGGUUUUGAUGAACCCGUUACUGGCACACCUUUGGAGUCCGAAUGCCCAGGUUGUUGCAUACCCGGUCCACCUGGUCCGCGAGGUCCUUCUGGAAUUCCUGGCAAACCGGGUACUCCUGGACAAGCAGGCAAACCUGGUAUGCCAGGAGCUACUCCCAAUCAAACAUGUCCUACAAAUCUGAUGCGCGAACCUCCUCCAUGUAGACCUUGUCCGAAAGGACCACCAGGAAUCAAAGGAUGGCCAGGAUUCCCCGGAGAUGUUGGUCCACCAGGUCCUCCUGGAGAGAAAGGCUUGGAUGGUGAAGAUGGAGCUCCUGGAGAACCUGGAAUCAAAGGACCACCUGGCUACAAGGGAGGUCCGGGAGCGCCGGGCGAUAAAGGACCAACGCCCGAAGGAGAGCUGAGAGAGGGACCACCAGGUGACGAAGGACCACCUGGCCCAGUAGGAGCCACCGGAAUGCCUGGUCUGCCUGGAAGAAACGGACUUACCGGACCACAAGGAGAACGCGGCUGGCCCGGCGUGCCCGGGGAAACCGGCGAACCCGGUUAUCCUGGACCCGAAGGCCCGAUGGGUGGACAAGGACCACCCGGCGAACCUGGAGUUUGUGUCUGUCAAAAUGUUGACUCCAUUCUUCUCAUCAACCCAGGAUCACAGCCAAGGAUCAACAACGACGACUAUCAAACGGAGAGUUCUGCAGCGGCUCCUCAGCCCAGAGGGGGUUACGGGAAACGAUAG